AUGUCAUCUACACAAAGUGAUCUGCCUGAAUCUGAGCCUGACGUCUGGGAGUUUGAGACUUCAGUAUCGGAGUGGCUUAGAAGUGCGGCAACCUGGUGGUAUAUUUCGGAUGCUUUAACGUCAGAAGUUGUGCCAGACAUGCUUUUGAAAGAGGAGUUUGUGGAAAUAACUUAUAAUUCCAUUGUUGUUAAGGAUUGA